CUUUGCCCUCCUCCCCGAUUUCAUUUAGAACGUGGGGGCCAUUUGAACAGACUGUUCUUAGGGGGCAUUUUUCCUGCUAUCAAGUAUAAGGCUCACUUACCAUUUUGAAGCUUGAAUCUCCAAACCAAAACAACAUGUGGAAAAAGAGUUUUCUCAUGUUCCUUUUCUCUCUUUCAGUUCAGAAGGCUGCACUGGAUUGUGAAAGAAUGAGAAAAACAAAUGAAUUCCCUUCUCCAAAUCUGAACUCACAAACGGAUGCAGUCAUGAGGGGUCAGAAUGUAUCUCUAUCUUGUUUCAACCAGAACAAAUCACUGCGGAUCACCUAUUUUUUGUUUCGGGGUGAGAAAUGCCUGAGCGUCCAGAAUGGACCCAUGACUUUUAACCUAACAAUCUCAGAAGCCCGUGACUUGGGCCCCUACAAAUGCAAAGCCCAAGUUUCUAACUGUUCAAAAUACAGUUGUGAGUUCAACUUCACAUUUGUCGAUCCAGUGACUGCACCAGUGCUGAACAUCAGUGCUGUUCAAACAAAAACAGACAGAUACAUAAUGCUACGCUGCAUCUCAUUCAACGGCUCUCUGCCCAUCAAUUAUACUUUCUUUGAAAAAAACAUGGCCAUAUCACCAGCUAUCUCCAAGAAUGUAAGGGAGCCUGCUGAAUUUAACUUAACCAAGAAUAACACUGGAGAACGGAAAGAGUAUAGGUGUGAAGCUAAAAACAGAUUGCCUGACCAUGCAAAAUACAGUCAACUCAUCACCAUACCCUCAACAGGAGGAGAGAGCUGUCCUUUCUGCCUGCAGCUACUGCUUCUGGGGUUUCUGCUUCUGGUGCUAAUAGUAAUAAUCCUAAUUCUGGCAUUUUGGAUACUACCAAAGUACAAAGCAAGGAAAGCUAUGAAAGAUAACACACCCAGAGUCUAUGGAAAUACACCCAUGGAAGAUGGAAUAUAUGCAAAUAUCUGUAAAAAUCAAGCAGAUGAGAAAUCUGUGCCAGGCUUAGAACCAAGGCAAUGUGUUUCCAAAGCCCGAGAUGGGACUGAAUACUCUCAGGAGAUACAUUAUGCCACCCCCAUGUUCCAGGAGGUGGCACCGAGAGAUCAGGAAACCUGUAAUGAUUGUAAAACUGGAUAUGUCUAUUCUGAACUCAUCUUCUGAGAUUUAAAGAUAGAAACUACAUCUCAGGUUUAUCUGUAGGUUUUUCGUACCAUCUGGAGAUCAGGAAACUACUGCUGCUGUUACCGCUGGUGCCUCUGCCACAACUGCUUCACACAGAAACUGGAGCCCGGCGGGGUGUGGAGUUAUGCCACUGGAGACAUUUGCUUUUCAGUGGAAACCAUCACCUCCUUUCUACUUUCCAGGUCCCAUGUACAUGCAUCUAAUUGGUAGAAGAUAUUCACAGCCACGCCCUGGCAGCAAAGGAACUGUAAUUUUUCAGGUUUCAGACCCCACCAAAUAGAAGAAGGGUUAUGAUGUGGCUUAAGAGAGCCAAUCAAAAUAGCUACCACACUAGCCAAAAUAUCAAUCAUGACUGAGGGGGAAAUAAAGACGUUUUAAGACAAAGACUGAGCAGGAGGUUUUCCAAUCACAUUCCCACUGAAAGAACUACACAGGGUACUUGAUGAAGAAGGAAACUGAAUACAGAGGAAGGGUGUAGGAUUCAAGAAGCAUAUGAGUAAAUGUAAGUGUGUGUGUGUGUCAGGGGGAGGCACGGAGUGAGAGAGAGAGAGGUCUAUGAGGUCUGAAAACAUUAUAAAGUUACCGUGAUUUUGAAAGUGUGGUAUGGGUAUAUGGCUGGAGAAGUAGAAAAAUGUAAAUGUAACAGGACAGAAAGUCCAGAUGUAGAUCUAAAUACAUAUGGGAGUUUAGUAUAUGAAAAAUAUGGCAUUUUAAGGCAAUGGGGAAAAGAUGCAAUAUUCAAUACACUUUAAAAACUUGAGAACCAUAUUUAAUACGUUAGAACUCCACUUCAUUAUUUGCAACAAAAUUAAUUCAGCUAGCUCAAAUAUUAAAAUACCUAAAAAUGAAGCCACAGAAGUGCUAAAAGAAAACAGGAGGAAUUUUAUAAUAAUCUUUAAGAGGGAAAGGCUUUUCUAGGUAUGACUCACAAUCCAGAAGACAUAAAUGAUUCUUAAAUUUAGUUAGAUGAAACACUUAAAAAUUACAUUUAAAAAUCUUUA